AUGAACUCUACUACUAAAUGGUUACUUAAAUCUAGCGUUGCACAUUUGAUUCUUACGAAUAAUUCAAAGAAUUUCAAAUUUUGGUCGGAUACGAGUAAAUUACCGUCUAUACAUUUAGACUUUUACUUUUUUAAUUGGACGAAUCCUGAUGAGUUGAAUAAACCUGAGGACAAACCGAAUCUCGUUCAAGUUGGUCCGUAUAGUUUUAUCUGUACUUGUUGCUUAUUCGUUCAAUCAUUAUUGAAAAGCAGAAAGAAGAUAAUUAAUGUAACGAAUUGUUAUAAAAAAUAUUUUUUAAUAUCUCAUUACAGAGAGAUCAGUCAAAAGGUGAAUAUCACGUUUCAUUCAAAUAAUGGCACAGUCAGCUACUUUCAACGACGAUUUUGGUACUUUGAUGAAAAACGCAGUAAUGGAACAUUAGAAGAUAAAGUCUCUUUACUUGAUAUCAUCGUAGUGUCAGACGGGAACAUAAUACGCAUGCAUCCAUACUCCCAUAAUACAACUUUUUCCUACCAUGCUAGUAAACGACGAAACAUAAAUAUAAUAGAAAAAGUUGGUGAUUUGCUCAUUGGAUACAAGGAUUUUUCAUACCUUAAACAUUUUAAUGAUCUUCUAUAUCUUUCUAAGAAAAACGGUACAGUGGAUACAGAUAAUUUUAAUGUCGCCACCGGUGAAAAGAACAUUAGUCAAUUAGGUCUUUUAAAAAAGUGGAAUUAUCAGAAUACCUCGUCAUACUUUGAAAAAAUUUGCAAUCAAAUCGAAGGAAGCAUUGGUGACUUCUGGCCUCCAAAUCUAAUCGAUUACGAAAUCAAAUUAUUUAUGCCUGAAUUAUGCAGAGCAUUGAUAUAUGAAUUUGACAAAACGGCAGAUUAUAUGGGUAUAGAGGGCUUUAAGUAUACUCUGGGUGACAGAACUUUAGAAAAUGAUAGAAAUUUGUGUUAUCUAUUGAAAGCACUAAAUGAUUUUAAAAUAAAGAAUUCCAAUAUUGUUUGCGAACCAAAGAAUAUGAUAGAACAAUGUUAUUGCAGUAAGGAAUGCAAUCCGAUUGGCUUCAUUAAUAUAGGAUCCUGUCGUUACGGUGCACAGAUGUUCGUCAGUCUUCCUCAUUUUUAUAAAGCUGAACCUAAAAUACGUAAUCAAACAGUAGGAAUGAAUCCUAACGAAGAGGAACAUAGUUUCUACAUCAUUUUGGAGCCCAAUACUGGUAUUCCUUUGGAAAUAGCAAAAAGAUUACAAAUCAAUUUACUCCUUCAAAGAUCGCCUGAUAUUUCGUUUUUCAGCAAUAUUUCGACGAUAUACUUCCCAAUUUUCUGGUACUCUAAGAAGAUAAAAUUACCCCAAGAAUUAACUUCCGAACUGCAAGUGUUAAUUUCAUUUGAUUCCUUAGUUCUUAAAUCAUUUAUCAUAAUUACAGUUAUAGCAAUACUCAUAUGCUGCUUGGCUACGUGGUAUCAUCAAUUUAAUUGUAUAAAUCAUACGAGAGUGAAUAACGUGACAAACGACAUAGGUAUGGUUUUAUUGAAUGACAACUAG